AGGUUUUAGCCAAUAGCUUUGCUGCGGGGCAAGCGGUGAGCCAAUGGUGACAGUGGGGGGCGGGGCGCACCGCUGGCUGAUUGAUCCCAGCUCUGGCGUUGUUCAGUCGGAGCGAGAACAUUCUAGAGAUAUCCCGGCACCGCUCUCCCUGGUGAUACCGCCUCCCCAGGACGCCGGGACCCGGAGGCUGCGGCGUCCGCCUCCGCCUCCCUCUCCGUCUGGAUAUAAGCGCCCCCUCGGCCCUGUUCUCCUCUCACAAUCGGCUUCGUCGCAGCCCGGGGCGAGCAGCGUUGGGUUUAUGUCUUUAUUGGACGAAAACGAGCUGUUGCGCAGCCACUGGUACCUGUAUUGGGGAAACAUAGCGUGCAAGCAAGAACCUUACAGCCUCAGUGGCGAAAAUUUUUUCAUGUCAGAGACCGAGAACUCUUGCAGUCGUUUAUGUCAUCCCGUCUUCUCCAGACAGAAGAUACCAAAAAACUGCAAUCAAAGAUCUCUUCAUCUUAUUGAUAAAGCUACUAAUAAGGCAAAAUGUCUGUCAACGUCAACCGCAGUGUUUCAGAUCAGUUCUAUCGCUACAAAAUGCCCCGUCUGAUUGCCAAGGUGGAGGGCAAAGGAAAUGGAAUAAAGACGGUUAUAGUCAACAUGGUUGACGUUGCAAAGGCGCUUAAUCGGCCUCCAACGUAUCCUACCAAAUUUUUUGGUUGUGAGCUGGGAGCACAGACCCAGUUUGAUGUUAAGAAUGACCGUUACAUUGUCAAUGGAUCUCAUGAGGCGAAUAAGCUGCAAGACAUGUUGGAUGGAUUCAUUAAAAAAUUUGUUCUCUGUCCUGAGUGUGAGAAUCCUGAAACUGAUCUGCAUGUCAAUCCUAAGAAACAAACUAUAGGUAACUCUUGCAAAGCCUGUGGCUAUCGAGGCAUGCUUGACACAAACCAUAAACUCUGCACGUUCAUUCUCAAAAACCCACCUGAAAGUGGUGACACUGGUACAGGAAAGAAAGAAAAGGAGAAGAAGAACAGAAAAGGCAAGGACAAAGAGAAUGGUUCUGUGUCCAGCAAUGAGACACUUCCACCCCCACCACCAGAGGAGAUUACUCCUCCACAGGUUGUGGAGGAGGAGGAUGAUGAUGACUGGGGUGAGGACACAACAGAAGAAGCCCAGAGGCGUAGAAUGGAUGAAAUCAGUGACCAUGCAAAGAACCUCACACUAAGUGAAGACCUGGAAAGAACCAUAGAAGAGAGAGUCAACUUGCUAUUUGAUUUUGUAAAGAAAAAGAAGGAAGAAGGUGUCAUCGAUACUUCUGACAAAGACAUUGUAGCAGAAGCAGAGAGACUGGAUGUAAAGGCCAUGGGCCCACUUGUUCUCACUGAAGUCCUUUUUGAUGAAAAGAUUCGUGAACAAAUCAGGAAAUACAGACGUCACUUCCUUCGUUUCUGCCACAACAACAAGAAAGCUCAGAGGUACCUUCUCCAUGGCUUCGAGUGUGUGGUAGCUAUGCAUCAGUCUCAGCUUAUUUCAAAAAUACCGCAUAUUUUGAAGGAAAUGUAUGAUGCAGAUCUUCUGGAAGAAGAAGUCAUCCUUGGCUGGGCAGAAAAGGCCUCAAAGAAAUAUGUCUCAAAGGAGCUUGCCAAAGAAAUCCGUGUCAAAGCAGAACCAUUUAUUAAAUGGCUGAAGGAAGCUGAAGAAGAAUCUUCCGGUAAUGAAGAAGAGGAUGAAGAUGAAAACAUAGAGGUGGUGUACUCCACAACUGCCAGUGUACCUAAAGUUGAAACUGUGAAGCCUGCAAACAAUAAAGAUGAUGAUAUCGAUAUCGAUGCCAUUUAAAGUGAUGCAACAUAGCUUCCAGCAUAAUAAUGCAAACUUCUCUGCGUUUUCUGCCAGAAGUGUGACUUGUAUGUGCACAAGCUGAAAUGGCUUAACAUCCUGCUACUUUGUACUCUAAAAUGUAUCUUUUUACUGUGACUGGUCUUGUGUAACUAAGCCUAAUACAAGGAGUCAGCACGUCGGUGAACUGAUCUAGUUUGCAACUGGCAUGUUCAAUUUUGUUUUUCUAACUUGUGUUGGACACAUACUUGGAGCACAUUUAUACAGUUGUGGAAAUAAAGGAUUUGGUUUUGGUCAAUCUUCA